CCGUGGCGGCGGAGGAAGGCCGGACCGGCUGGGUGGCUGGGUGGGUGGGGAGUGUGGCUGGUAACCUGGCAUCCGCAGAGAGAGAGAAGAUUAUAAAUGCCAGAACCAUGUAAGUGGUGGUUAAAUACCUUACAUACCUUCUUGCACCAACAUCGUCCCUGGAAGAGUUCAGGAACUGUAGCAGAGAGGAGAGACUACGCCCGCGGGUGCCAUGGCUAUACCCAUCACGGUGCUGGACUGUGAUCUCUUGCUGUAUGGCCGAGGUCACCGGACUCUGGACCGCUUUAAGCUGGAUGAUGUCACUGAUGAGCACCUGAUGUCCAUGUAUGGGUUUCCUCGGCAGUUCAUUUAUUACUUAGUAGAGCUCCUGGGAACCAGCCUCUCUAGACCUACUCAGCGAUCCAGGGCUAUUAGCCCAGAGACACAGAUCCUCGCGGCCUUGGGCUUUUACACCUCGGGUUCCUUCCAGACCCGCCUGGGAGAUGCUAUUGGAAUCAGCCAGGCCUCUAUGAGUCGUUGCGUUGCCAAUGUCACCGAAGCGCUGGUGGAAAGGGCCUCCCAGUUCAUUCGCUUUCCGGCCGACGAAGCCUCCACACAAGCUCUGAAGGAUGAAUUCUACGGGCUCGCAGGGAUGCCGGGGGUCAUAGGGGUGGUUGAUUGCCUGCAUGUGGCAAUCAAGGCACCCAAUGCCGAAGACCUCUCCUACGUGAACCGCAAGGGGCUGCAUUCCUUAAACUGCCUGAUGGUGUGUGACAUCCGAGGGGCCCUGAUGACCGUGGAGACAAACUGGCCAGGCAGCCUACGGGACUCCGCCGUGCUGCAGCAGUCUGCUCUCAGUCGGCACUUGGAAGCCGGGUUGCACAAAGAUAGCUGGCUCCUUGGUGACAGCUCCUUCUUUCUCCGCACUUGGCUCAUGACCCCACUGCACAUUCCUGAAACUCCAGCUGAAUAUCGCUACAACAUGGCCCAUUCUGCAACGCACAGUGUUAUCGAGAAGACGUUCCGAACCCUCUGCUGCCGAUUCCGAUGCCUGGACGGAUCCAAGGGGGCACUGCAGUACUCUCCAGAGAAGUCCAGUCACAUCAUCCUGGCUUGCUGUGUCCUCCACAACAUCUCCCUGGAGCACGGGAUGGACAUUUGGUCCUCUCCAGUGACAGGACCCGUAGACCAGCCCCCUGAGGAAGAGUUUGAGCACAUGGAGUCCCUGGACUUACAGGCUGACCGUGUCCGACAGGAGCUGAUGCUUGCUCAUUUUAGUUAAUGUGGUGGAAGGUAGGGAGAAGGGAGACUUUCCAGGAAUUGUGACAGAUUUCCCCCCUCACCACCCUUGACGUGGUGCCAUGACCUACUUGUGAUACACUGACGUUUAAUCUGUGUUUUAGGAGGGGUGGGUCCAUGCCAGACUAUCGUGAGUCAGUUGCAAAUAUAUUAACUAAACUAAAACCAAGACAACAGUCCUGUACUAUCCAGUGAACUCCAGUUCGAGCUCCACUCGUUUGAAAGCUCUCUGGUUACAAGCGUUUAUGAUUAUGCCAGCAAAGUCACAGAAAAAGGGAAAAUAGGAUACAGCCAAAAUAUUUUUUGAGUUUCAAUUAUCUAGGGAUUUCAAAUGAAAGCAGCAUUUGUCCCAAUCUGAGUAUAUUUUAGUAUUUUUACUUUAUGGCAUAAUCUGAGACAAAUGUAAAGAGUGAAUUUAAGUCAGGAAAUGUUCUUCUGACGUAAGUCAGUGGCUACUAAUCUGGGUUUGCAGCGUUGUGUUUUUUCCUUUUUUAAAAAGUAUUUAUUUUAAGAGGCAGAGACACACACAGAGCUCCCACUUGCUGGUCCACUUUCCAAGUGCCUGCAAAGCUGGGACUAGGCUGGACUGAAGCCGGGAACUGAGAACUCAGUCGAGGUCUCCCACGUGGGUGGCAGGAGCUCGAUUACUUGGGCCACCACCACUGCCUCCCAGGCUCCAUGUUAGCUGGGUGCUGGAAUCAGGAGCUGGAGCUGGGUAUUGAACCCAGGUACUCCAGGCCAAAUGCACACCCCCGGUUUUUGCUUUUGAGACGCUGUUAAAGAAAGUCUAAAACUUCCAUCUUUUGACUGCAAUAAUUGGAUUUAGACUUAGUUCCUAUCAGGAACAUCUGAACUCCAGUCCCCCAUUUCUAAAACUGAGUCUAAAUGGGCUGAAGAAUCAAAUUAGCUUACACAAGACAAUUCAAACAUAAAUUAGCAAGACUGAUACUUCACAGAGAGUAUAAAGACCCCGGUAGAUUGAUGGGCAAAGGAAAUUCUCCAAGGGUUAGACAGCUCACAUCUAACUAGUGCACGUUUCUUAUGAUGUUAGAAUGCUUGUUUGGUCAUUCUGUUUUGAAAUUCUUUGUACAGAGGAAGAUUUAUUGAAUGAAGUAGGCAUGUGGAAGUAUUAAAAAAAGAGAGGUAAAAGGAAUGUGAUUUCUGGGUUUGAAAAUAAUUCUGGAGUUGGACAUUGGAUAUCUUAUAUGCAGUGAUGGACAGAAUUUCUCAGGAAAUAAGUAAUUCCCUAGCAAGUCUUGUUCUAAAAUUAUAGUGAUGUGAAAAUAACCUAAUUGUGGGCUGGUGCUGUGGUAUAGCGGGUAAAGCCACCACCUGCAGUGCCAGCAUCCCAUAUGGGCACUGGUUCAAGACCCGGCUGCUUUACUUCCAAUCCAGCUCUCUGCUAUGGCCUGGGAAAACAGUGGAGGAUGGCCCAAGGACUUGGGCCCCUGCACCAGUGUGGGAGACCCGGAAGUUACUCCUGGCUCCUGGCUUCAGAUCGGCCCAGUUCUGGCCAUUGCGGCCAACUGGGGAGUGAACCAGCAGAUGGAAGAUCCUUCUGCCUCUGCCUCUGCCUCUCUGUAACUCUGCCUUUCAAAUAAAUAAAUCUAAAAAAAAAAAGAAGGUUAAAAAAUAACCUAAUUGGAAUAAUGAAAGUGUGAAUUAGGUUCACACAUUGGUGUCUUUGCUGGGACAAAAAAGGCACUUUCCUCAAGCUUGUUUUGCUGCUGGUUUCUCAGCCACUCACCCUGUGGUACCUCUGAAUUGUCCUUUUGGAUCAUUUCCUACCUGCCUUUGGCAGUGUUAACCUGGUGAUUUUCAAAGGAAAGAAAUGAACAGCUGAUGAUACAAGAAAUUUUGAAAUAAAUCAAGGGUGACUCAUUCUCAAGAUUAAAAACAAUUAUGGAUUAUUAUCUGCUGUUUAUUUCCACUCCAAAUGCUAUUUCCUGUCAUUUCGCUCCUCUGCAAAGGGGAUUCAUGGCAAGAGCUUAUGCCUAAUAGGUACAGGGCUAUCGCUGAGCUGGGCGUGGACAGCAGAGGCAACCCUUGACUGGGAAGUGGCGCCGUAUUUGUUGUGCUGUAGGGAUGCCCUGUUACAUCUUUAUUCCUUUGUAAAGUUUAACUUGCAACCCUAGUUUGGUCCAUCUCCCUCAUAAGGCAGUAUUUUAACUUUCAUGGUCUCCCCCGUUUAAGUCUCCACUGAAGGGUGUUUUGCCCAUCACGUUUUGGCUCGAUCAUGCAUAUUGCAUCAGGAGAGGGUUUCUGCCAACCACGUAUCAUAGGUGACAAAAUAGAGUGUGAUCAUGGAAAGUGCCUCAUAUUUUAGCCUUGCAUAACUGCAUGUAAGGAAAAUGGGGCUUUUUUACAACUUAGUAGAUGGUGACAUGGAGGCUGAGUGGGAGGGAUAGUCUUGGAGACAUUUCACAUGCAGUUUCCAGCCUGUUUACUUGCACACCGACGAUGAUCUCUAUGUGCCGAUCUUACCGAACGUUGGCUGGCUUUGCUUUUCCUGGGGGUGUCUUAUUUCCUAACAUUUCCACAAGGAAACUGCUCAUUCGUUUAAUAUCCUUACAACCUAGGUUUUUUACAAGUUGGCAUUUUUUCUUUCUCAGUCCCUAGUUACACUAUCCCUAAAAUGACCUAGGGGAAGGAUGAGGGUUUGUGCUUCUCAGUUGCCGCGGGUGUGCUCACAGGGGCUUUUUAUUUAGGGUCUGAGAAGAGGUGUUAGCAUGGAUUUAUAGUCUCUUCCUGGCAUGGUUUGGGAAAGAGUCAAGGAUUUUGCCAGUCUUAUGUAAGCCUCCUCUUCCUGUGUGGAUAACUCCAUCUGGCAGCGUAGGAUUUCCAGAUUUGCUCUCUGAUGUUUCAGACAGCAAGGACCCAGGAUAUAGCAAGGUACCUACCAACACAGGUACUGGUUCAUCACGGGUUUGCCAAUUCCAUCAACAUAUUCUUGGCUUAAAUUAACUGACCAAGGGUGGAGCUCCUUUCCUGACCCUUAGGCUGUAAAGGAUCUUUAGCAAGUAAAUCUAAUUUAGGACCAAAAACACCACAACUUUAAAAUCAUAAAGUAAGAGAGAGGGGGUAAGGGUGAAAUAAGGGCUAGACAGAUAAUAAAGAAUUUUUUUCAAUAGCCGAAACAAACUGGAAAGAGCUCAGAGACUGCACUUGGCAGUGGAGGAGGAAGUAAGCAGAGGACAAGGAGACAAGGAUCAUAGGGUCUCAGAAUUGUACACUCACAUGUCUUCAGGGCCCGUUUUGUUUUCUAGGUCCCACCACAAUUUUAUAAAAAUGGAACUACAAAAGGUUGCAGACUUAGAAUUAGCAUUCUUAUUGAUUACAGGAGGUAGGCAUUUAGUGCAGCUGAUAAGUCACUGCUUAGGAAACUUACAUCCCAUACCAGAAUGUCUGGCUUGAGUCCCAGCUCUUUUUUCCAUUCCAAUUUCCUGCUAAUGUGCAUGCUGGGAGGCAGCAGUUGAUGGCUCAAGUCCUUGAAUCUCUGCCACAAACCCAGGAGACCCAGAUUGAACUGGGUUCUGGCUUUGGCCUGGUCCAGCCUUGGGCAUGUUGCAGGCAUUUCAAGACUGAACCAUUAGAGAUUCUCUCUCUGGCUCUGGCUCUCACUGUUUACCUUAAAAAAAAAAAAAAAAAAAAAAAAAAGACUGUAUUGAUUCUAAGAAUGGGAAUGCAGGAAGGAAAGGAAAAUACUAGUCGAAGGCUGGUUUCCUAACGUAAAAUUCACAGCUGGGCCGAUCCAAAGCCAAGACCCAGGAGCUCCUUCUGGGUCUCCCACGUGGAUACAGGAGCCCAAGCACUUGGGCCAUCUUCUACUGCUUUCCCCGGCCAUUAGCAGAGAGCUGGAUCGGAAGAGGAGCAGCCAGAAAACGGGAGCCCACAUGGGAUGCCAGUGCUGCAGGCAGAGGCUUAGCCUACCACGCCACAGUGCCUGCCCCUAAGUUAGCAAAUUUCAGACUGUUGAGCUGAACAAAUUUCAGUGAGGUGUCUCCAUGUUUGCCCAGCAAGACAUUGAGGAUCUAUAGUCUGUUGAAAUGUUGUUUCCCUAAUCCUUACAGAAAGUGCUUUUUUUUGUUUUUUAAAUAGAAAGGCUAAUUUUUUUUUGUGAUUGUAGCGCCUCAAGAUGUUCAUACAUUUCCGUCUACUAAUAGCUAUCGCUGGAAAGCUAUCCUAUGUAAAUAACUCCAAUGAAGGAAGAGCCUCAUUCAUACUCUACUGCCAGAGGUUUCCUGCGCUCUGGGAUCUCUCCCAUCCCCGGACUUCUACACCGCUAGACUGCUUCUACCUUUGCCAUUCCCCCCGGAGUGUGACAGUGACCCUGGAACACCAGCACGAUGAGAACAGGUUCCAAAGAACAGAAUGGAGUCGCAACAGCAAAAUCUCCAACUGGCUCACCGUUUUGGCUGCUCGAGGCCUAUGCCCUCUUCUUGGACUUCCCACUGGAUGCUGCCAGUGCUGCUGCAGAGCUCCCUCGCUAGGUUCAAGCCUGAUUUCCACCAUCCAGAGUAUGGCAGGGCAGAGGCACAUUCUCAGAGCCCAGAGCCAGGAUAAGCAACGGAGUCUUCUCCCCCGUCUCCUCUCUCCCAGCCCAUACGCCUCAGUCCUCUCUAACCUGUUUAGCCUUUCUAUCAUCUUUCUAUGUGAGCGCCACAAGGACCAUAGUUAGGGCGACCAACCCCCUGGUUUGCACAGAGCUGCCACAUGUUCGUCGUGAAAGUCCCAUAGCCUGGGAAAUCCCUGAGCCCUGGGCAAGCCAGGCCCAUUGGUCAUACUCCUUCGCAGGAAGCACCGUCCUUUCUUCAGUGGAGUGGCUCCUCUAGGAGAAUGCCACCAGAAUACAGUGCCCAACAGUCACCACCACAGUGAGUGACUAACUCCACACCAGCAGGCAGGGCAGCAGCAGCAUAGUCAAGGCGGCCUUUGCUUUUGCUUGCCUGGAUUCAUUUUCACACUUCUUCCUCCAGUGUGAGGAGAUGCCUGCGAGUCUGAGUGUUUCAGCUCCUCACCUUUUGUGAUCCAGUCUUCAGUCUAAAUACAUAAGAAAGAGCAAUCAAUCGCUGUCACACUGAAUCUUAAAUUAAUUCAAAAAGGAAACAAUGUGUGGUGGUGGUGGUGGUGGUGGUGGUAGGGUGUUUGGCACAGUGGCCAAAACAUUGCUUGGGACCCCCAUGUCCCAGACAGAGUUUCUGGGUUUGAAUCGUAACUCCGCUGCUGAUCCCAGCACCCUGGGUGCAGUAAGUAACGAAUCCAGUGGUGGGGGCCCUGCUACCCAUGUGAGAGACCCAAAUGGAGUUCCUGGCUUCUGCUUUGACCUGGCCCAGGCCUGGUUGUUGAGGGCAUUUGGAGCGUGAACCAGUGAAUGGAUCUCUCCCUGUCUGUCUGUCCCUGUCUGUGUCUCUCUGCCUGUUAUUCAUAUAUACAUACUGACUGACUGUGAAAAAAAAAAUUCUUUAAAGGAAAUAGAUCUGUAGAGAUAAACUACUGCCAUCUUUUCUACAGUCCAUCUUAGGGAGCAGUCUGGCUUCAGCUUCUCAAAUAUUUCCGUUUCUGGUGACAAUUUUUGAUGAAUAUUUGCAUCAUUCUCAAAUGUUUUUCUCACAAUAUAAGUCUCCAGCUUUUGAAAAACUGACAAUGGCGCCAGCACCGUGGCUCAACAGGCUAAUCCUCUGCCUUGCGGCACCGGCACACCCGGUUCUAGUCCUGGUCAGGGCGCCGGAUUCUAUCCCGGUUGCCCCUCUUCCAGGCCAGCUCUCUGCUAUGGCCCGGGAGUGCAGUGGAGGAUGGCCCAAGUGCUUGGGCCCUGAACCCCAUAGGAGACCAGGAGAAGCACCUGGCUCCUGGCUUCGGAGCAGCACGGUGCGCCGGCCACAGCGGCCAAUGGAGGGUGAACCAAUGGAAAAGGAAGACCUUUCUCUCUCUCUCUCUCUCUCACUAUUCACUCUGCCUGUUCAAAAAAAAAAAAAAAAAAAAAGAAAAAGAAAAAGAAAAAAGAAAAGCUGACAAUGUCUGGUAACCUUGAAAUUAGUUUCUUUAGCUUUUUUUUUUCCCCCACUGCAGUCAAGGUUUCAAAGUAAUGUAAUUAUUUGGGUCAAAUUUCAGUGAGGGCUAUGGCUCUAGACACUACUUGGCGCAAGCCUUGUCAAGAAGGAAGCUUCUGCAGUGAGUGCUGUUGUAGUGUAAACUCAGCUCUGAGAAGCAGCGAGGGAACAUCUUCCCCCCGCCCCACGUGGCUCCAGGAGUGUAGCAGACUGCGUGUUGUCACCUGGGAUCCAGUUGCCAUUGACUUAGAGGGAAUAUGUCUGCCCAGGAUAAAGACUAGUUCCUAGUUUCUCUUGCAGUUAGGUGUGGCUUUGUGACUAAAUUGUAGGCAAUGGAAUUUUAAGUGGGUGGAAAUGCCCUGUGCUGUUUUUACGAUGUGUCCUCAUGGCUAGGAGACGUACUUUUCUGUUUUCACAAAGACGUACUUUGUCAGCUUUGGUGGUUGGAAUGUGGAUGUGAUAGCUGGAGCUUGAGCAGUCGUCUUGGAUCUUAGGUGAAAACCACUUAUUGAAGAUGCAAAGCAACGAGACAGAAGAUGCCAGGUCCCUGACACUGACAGCCACAUCUUACACUGGACUGCACGUUGCUGGAUUUCUUUUACGUGGCAGAGAACUAAACCUGUACCUUGAUUCAAUAUUCUUUUUGUUAGCUCAUGUGCGAUAAGACCUGAUCAUAAAUAAUGUUAUAACUGCCUCUCUCCAAGAGCAGUAAUACCUAUUACACAGGAAAUGUUUAGAAGCAACAAACAUAUUCAACAAUGGGGAGCAUAGUCAGUAUAUCCCCUCAAUGGAAUAUUGAGCCAUCGUUAAAAAUAACAACUGUUGAGUCAGGAGUCUUGCCUAAUAGUUAAGCUGCCAGUUGGAACACCUGUGUCGCAUAUGGGGUACCUGGGUUUAAUACCCAGCUCGGGCUCCUGUUUCCGGCUUCAUGGCUGAUUUGAACACCAGGAGGUAGCAGUGAUGGCUCAAAUGGUUGGGUCCUUGUUACCCACAUGGGAGAUUGGGAUUGAGUUCCUGGCUCCUGGCUUCAUUGUGGACAUUUGGGGAGUUGAAGCAGUGGGUGGGAGUUCUCUGUCUCUCUGUAUCUCAGAAAAAACAACUACCAUGAUUAAGGACUUUAAUAGGGAUACAUUGUGAUACAACUACAUCAUCAAAUUAAAAUU